AUGGCCGAGCUACGACACGAAGAUCCUGCAUCCUUCUUUAACUUCCUGAGAGUACAACCAAAGAUGUUUGAUGAGCUCCUAGCAAGACUUGGUCCAAGAUGCACCAAACAAGACACCAUGUAUAGGAAGGCUAUGGAACCAGGGUUGAAGAUUGCAAUUACUAUGCGCCACCUAGCAACUGGUGACAAGUACGCCAGUAUGAAGUUUGACUUCAGAGUUCAUCAUAACACCAUGUCUGUCCUAGUACGAGAAGUCUGCCAGGCCAUCGUAGAUGAGUACAAGGAGGAAGUCAUCAGCUGUCCAAUCUCCCCUGAAGAAGGGCGUGCCGUUGCUGAAAUGUUUGCACGUAGAUGGAACGUCAUUCAUGCAUGUGGAGCCCUUGAUGGAAAACAUGUUGCCUGCAGAAAGCCAGCGAACAGUGGAAGCCUUUAUCACAACUAUAAACGCUUCUUUUCUAUUGUUCUGAUGGGCCUCGUUGACGCGGACUAUAAGUUCCUCUGGAUAGAUGUUGGAGGGCACGGACACAUGUCAGAUGCACAGAUCUUCAAUGAUUCAGAGCUGAAUUAG